AUGUCCGAGGUUGAAGGUAAGAUAGCACAACAACGAAACAGCAAUGCUCCACCAACUGGGAAAUGGACAACUGGUUUAUACGAUUGCUUUGACGACAAAGGAAAUUGUUGUUUUACGUGGGUCUCUCCUCAUGACGCCUUUGGUAGUAAUGCGGAAAUUAUAGAUCAAGGAAGAACAUCUGCUAUACGUGCACGUUUGAUAUUUUUUGGGCUUGGCCUUUUGGGAUUGGGAUGCUUAUAUUCAUACAAAUUCAGAAUCAAGCUAAGAUCUCUCUACAACUUACCUGAAGAACCAUGCUCAGAUUGUUGCGUUCACUCUUGUUGUUUACUUUGUGCUAUCUGCCAAGAGCACAGAGAACUUAAAAACCGUGGAAUUUACCCCUCAACAGGUUGGAAGGCAAACGAGGAAAGAAUGAAAAAAGCUAACCUGGAAGCUCCACGUGUUGCAUCAGCCAUGACUCGUUAG